AUGGCUCCCAUUAAACGCUCCAAGGUAGACAAGGCACGGCAAUACCUCUCUGGCGGCGCGGUGCUCCGUGAAGACUCGGACGAUGAGCUAGGCUACGAGGACCACCCAUGGGAAUGGAUCUACCAGGACAGUGUCGCCGACGAUACCCAGCCGAAUCAGAAUGCGACACCACGGAAGAGAAAAGCAGCCCCCGAACCGCUGGGAAGACACAUAGUGGGUGCACGCAUGGGCAGUUUCAAAUGCAAAGUCGGCGACGCUGUCCUGCUCAAAGCAGAAGGAAACCAAGCAUGGGUGGGCAUCAUCUGUGACUUUUACGAAGACGCCGAUGAGGACGAGAAGAUGGCAAAGUUCCUAUGGUUCUUCUCCGAAAAGGAGAUCCGAAACCAGAACAAGAAGCGCACCGAUUUCCUUCCUAACGAGCUGUACAUAUCGGCUGCAUUCGACGACAACCCGCUGGCCUCCAUCAACGGUACGGCCAAGAUAUAUUCCCUGGAGCGAUACCAAGAACUAUACCCAACAGGGGUUAAGAAGUCCUCCAAGGACUAUGGCAAGGUAUUCGUCUGCAGGAGAGGCUGUAACACACGAACGACGACAUAUACACCCGAGUUUAGGUGGGAGAAUAUUUACAACAGCGCCGAAGAUAUUCAAGCCCUGGUCGACCUGGUCGAGAGCCAAACAAAGGCCACAAGGAAAGGUCCGGGUCGGCCAAAGAAGCAGCUGCAAAAGGACCUGGAUGAAUUCGUGGUUCCAGAUGCAGCGCAUGAAGGCCAGCCCGAAACUCCGCGGAAGCGCCGGAAACUUUAUGAUGCGACUACGCCCACUUCGACCAAGAAGAGUCCGGCAGCCCGCAAAUUCCUUACCCCAUCACACAAGAGAAUUGUCGUGAAGAAGCAAUUAGAGUUUACCCCCCUGGGGACACGCGUACUCGACCCCUCUACCCUAAAUUCGCCGUUCCAGAUUGCUCGCAAUCAACUCCAUGUAUCGUCAGUACCGGCCGCCCUACCCUGUCGGGAGGAGGAAUUCUCUACCGUCUACAGCCACUUGGAGGCUGCCAUCACUGAAGGAUCAGGGUCUUGCAUCUACAUCUCGGGCACUCCGGGCACUGGAAAGACGGCGACGGUGCGUGAGGUCGUGGCACAGCUGCAGGCGUCGGUACAAGCCGAAGAGUUGGACGAUUUCAUAUUUGUUGAAAUCAAUGGCAUGAAAGUUACAGACCCACACCAGUCGUACUCGCUGUUAUGGCAAGCACUGCGUGGAGACCGGGUCAGCCCGUCUCAUGCAUUGGAGCUUCUGGAGCGCGAGUUUUCGACUCCGAGCCCGCGUCGUGUUCCUUGCGUCGUCCUGAUGGAUGAACUCGAUCAGCUGGUUACGAAGAACCAAUCUGUCAUGUACAACUUCUUCAACUGGCCUGGGCUCCGGCACAGCAGGCUAAUCGUCCUUGCUGUAGCCAACACAAUGGACCUGCCUGAACGAACGUUGAGCAAUAAAAUUAGCAGCCGGCUCGGCCUGACACGCAUCACUUUUCCGGGCUAUACGUACGACCAAUUGAUGCAGAUUAUUCAAUCGCGACUCCAAGGUGUACCAGGAAAUAUUGUACAUCCUGAUGCUGUUCAAUUUGCAGCCCGCAAAGUUGCAGCUGUUAGUGGAGAUGCUCGACGCGCGUUGGACAUUUGUCGAAGAGCGGUAGAAAUCGCCGAAACCGAGGCCGAAAUCAAAUCACAGGACCGAGAUAAUGAAGUCCAGCCGGCUACACCAAGUAGGUCCGGCCGGAACAACAAAGCUAACUUGGUUCCAACCUCGCAGUCAAUCACAACUACCGGAGAGCUGGUGGGUCACAGGGCAGAUCAGGCUGGGCAUUCAGCCCAACGACGGGGCGUAGUCACAAUGGUGACGAUCAAACAAGCAAUCAACGAAGCAACGAGUAGUCCCCUGCAACAGGCGUUGCGGGCUCUUCCGCUGGCUUCCAAAGUGUUCCUGGCAGCACUCUUGGCAAGGAUACGUCGCUCAGGUAUUGGCGAAGCGGUGCUUGGUGAUGUUGUGGAUGAAGUAAAGCGAUUGGGUCUCAUGAGCCAGCUGCGACCUGUCCAUGAAUACAUUCUCGCGCCAGAGAAGGACGAUAGAAUAGACGGAGGAAUCGGCGCGGUGGUGCAGCCAUCGACGCCGUCGAAGCACCGUGACGCUCCUAACAUGGGCUCGAAACAGUCGGACCUCAAAGCUGCGAGAGCGCUUGGUCUUGCGCAUGCAGCCACUGAACUCGCUGAAGCAGGCAUCAUAGGAGUGGAGGCCCGGCACGGCGAGCGAGUGGGUCGCGUACGGCUUGGUGUUGGCGAGGAUGAAGUACGGCUGGCGUUAGGAGACGAUGAAUCUGUACACGGCUUGGGACUAGGUGCGUGA